GCACAAACAUACACUCGACCUUCUUCUUUUGGAGAAAGUGGGCUUGCUAGACUCGACUUUUAACGUCUAUACCUGGGGCGUUACAUUUAUUUGGUGAGUCAUGUGAGUCAUGUGAGUCCUUGCAGUUAGGUGUUUUUUUCCUUGUGCUACCUUCUACUGGCCGACCCCAGAUGCGAAAGCCUUUUCCUGAUUGGCGGUUCCCUGGAACGGUGAGCUUAGUGAUCUGAAGUGAUGGAACGACGGUCGGCCACAGCAGAUCAGUUUGCACCAUGACACCGGACGACGGACCUUAUGAGAACCCUCAGGGCCGCCUACCCCAGGGACCCUGAGCCGCCCAGCGCAGCCAUUUCCCGAAAAGGGGUGGGUCCGACCGGCCCCUCAUGGCGCGGGUGAAGCCCAAGAGCAAAGCAUCUCUACGCCCACAUGAAGGCGGAGGUGGCGGUGGGACUUUCUUGGGUGCAGGGUCACUGGUGGGUGGAGGUGGCGGUGGGACUCCCUCCGUCCGGAUCCAAGGCUGGCAGGCCAAGGACACCGAUGCAUCGCCGAAGGACACGCUGAACGCGGCGUCGGCGCCCUUCGUGCCACGGGCGCGGAUCCGUGAACAUCGGGUAGUGGGCCUGAUUACAGAGUGGAGGGGAUACAUGGGCUGGAUUCAGCCAUUGGCGAAGAUAGAGCACGAGUUGGCGGGAAGGCACUGGGGUCUUCUCUAUGUGAAUCAAAGCGAUGUGAAGUCUGUUGAUGGCCUUGUGCCAUGGAUGAAGGCCGGGCGCAUCGUGGAUUUCUACGUUUAUGCCGACCCGGAUGGCUUGGGUGCCGAGGAGGUGCAGGCGCUGUGGCCGCUGCGGGUGACCCUGAGCCAGGGCGAGGCGAAGACCUUGAUGAAGGGGUGGAGCCCGCAUUGGUCGGAGUACCUGACAGAGUCCGAGUACUACACUUCCCAGCACCUGGGCGUCCUCGUCCGGAAAUACUCCUGGCCUUUGCCCUUCGUGGUCUUGGAGCUUUGGGGUUUGCAAGAAGAGCUGGCGCAAGCAGCAGAGCACUGUAGCUCCCAAGGUAGCGGGGACCGGCGCCGGUUGGCGCUACUGCUACCUGAGACGUCAGUGCCUAAAGCAGAGCAUUUGCCUGGGAAGCCGAAGGUCUCCACGCACGCAGUGCUGCAAAGCCCGCCCUGCCGGAGCUUGACCCUGGAAGCCUCGUCCAGCGAAGUCCGCGACGCGGUGAUCGCCUUCUUGCGGGCGAUGCAACACUGACGGU